AUGCAGAUGAUUGUGUCAAGUUACCUACCCUCUGAUGUCAUCGAUGUGCGACUUUACAAGUAGUUUUCGAACAGGGGAAGCUAACGUUCGUAUGAAAGGUAUGCCAAUGUGAUCAUGGCCAGCAGGCAGUGGUGUGAGGGUCACUCCACCCCAGUGCUGUGUGUGGGGGCAUCUGGGGGUCUGGAGGGUCUCCUAGCCUCUGGCUCAGAGGAGGGUGAGGUAACAGUGUGGAACCAGGAGGGAAAGGUGUUAGCUAGUCUCCGUCUGCCCAGCGGGGAUGAUGUGACCAGCGCUGUGUUCUCGCCGGCGGCUCCAGGCCUGUUGUAUGUGUCCCACGGAGAGAUGGUGAGCGUACUGGACCCUAGGAGCCUGAAGGGGGCGGUAGAGGAGCUGCAGGGUGCGGGAGAGGAGGAGAUCAACUCUCUGGCUCUGAAUGAGACAGGCUCAGCUCUGGCCGUGGCUGAUGACUCAGGAGUGGUGAGGGUGCUAGAGCUGCCGGGGGGCAAAGUAAACAGGACGCUCCGCAGACACACCAACAUCGUCUCGUCUGUGGCUUUCCGCCCUCUCAGGCCCAACAACUUGGUCUCAGCCGGGCUCGACAUGCAGGUGAUGUUGUGGAGCCUACAGAAGACCCGCCCCAUCUGGACCCUCAACCUGCAGGAAGUGGCUGAGGAAGAGGAGGGCCAUCAGCAGAAGGCCGGUCAGCUCUUCAACCCACCCCUGGCCCACUGCGUCUCUGUAGCAACCUGCGGGAAUGUUUUGGCCUGCGCCGCCGAGGACGGACGUGUGCACCUGAUGCGGGUCGGCAGUGGCUCCAAACUGGACCAGCAGGGGGCCAUCAAGGCCCACAGCCAGGGAGCCUCACAGGCCCAUUUCCUUAGCUUCUUACCCCACCCGUACUGGCUGGCCACUGGGGGCAACGACGGCAUGGUGGCCCUCUGGGACCUCAGUCAGAACCCGGUAGUUACUGUUGAGGAUCAGGGCAAGCCACAAGCAGCACCAGCCCACCGCAGGAGACCCAAGGCCAGGGCUAAAGCCAAACUCCAGUCCCAGGCCAAGUCCCAGCAGGCAAAAGAGGAGACUAAGAAGGAGAGGGAGGAGGAAGAGGGCAGCAGAGUGGAUCAGUCACCAGGCACAGAGGAGGCCCUGAAGUCAGGACCUAAACUCAGCUUCAGCCAUGGGGACAAGGUGAACUGGGUGUGUCCCACUCUGCUGAGAGGAGAGCCCAGCCUUGUGGUGGCUGACCAGAGCCCUAACCUGUCUGUCUACUCUCUGGCUGGUCUAUAGACCUAACCUGUCUGUCUACUCUCUGGCUGGUCUAUAGACCUAACCUGUCUGUCUACUCUCUGGCUGGUCUAUAGACCUAACCUGUCUGUCUACUGUCUGGCUGGUCUAUAGACCUAACCUGUCUGUCUACUGUCUGGCUGGUCUAUAGACCUAACCUGUCUGUCUACUCUCUGGCUGGUCUAUAGACCUAACCUGUCUGUCUACUCUCUGGCUGGUCUAUAGACCUAACCUGUCUGUCUACUCUUUGGCUGUAGCAAUAUACAGACUGUCUUACCUUGUAUUACUUAGUAAUUUAAGGGGCCCUACUUCCUCUGAGUUUUGCUCACUGAGCGAUAGUAUCAUCAGCCUGUCUGUAAUAAGACUGGCAGACAGAACCUUCUUUAACCAGAGGCAUCCACCUAAAGGAGGACUGGACAACAUCUUUAUCAGCAGGGUUCUCCCCUUCAAAAAGACUGAACCACUGACCAUCUGAUAGGACUGCACCAUGACAAACCAGGGGGGCGAAGACAGGUCCAUCUGAUAGGACUGCACCAUGACAAACCAGGGGGGUGAAGACAGGUCCAUCUGAUAGGACUGCACCAUGACAAACCAGGGGGGGUGAAGACGGGUCCAUCUGAUAGGACUGCACCAUGACAAACCAGGGGGGUGAAGACAGGUCCAUCUGAUAGGACUGCACCAUGACAAACCAGGGGGGUGAAGACAGGUCCAUCUGAUAGGACUGCACCAUGACAAACCAUGGGGGUGAAGAUAGAUGCAGAUGUUUGAUCAGCUCAACAAUGAUAAGACUGUGCCAUGUCAGGAUUAGGCAGAUGUUACUGGUGUCACUGUGUUAGUUUAGCAGCUUCCUCCCUCAACUUUCCUCUGACUGGACUUAACACCAAUGUUUCCCAACUCCAGUCAAUUACCCCCAACACUACACAUGUUUAUUGUAGCCCAGGACAAGCACACCCUGAUACCUCGUCAACUAAUCAUCAAGCCCUCAAUGAGUUGAAUGAGGUCUGUUUUUUUUUUCUCAGGGCUACAACAAAAAAAACGUGUACGGCUUUAAGUACUGGAGGACCGGCCGUUGGGGAACACUGACUUAUACCAAAGUCAUCUGCCUCGCAAACACACCUGACCCCUCGCUUGACAAUAUGUACGAACCAGAUGUGCCACUGAAAAGGAUAUGAUUCCAUUUAAACAAUCUCACUCCAUUAGCCACUAAUCUUGUUGCUGGUAAAACUAUAUUGGUUGGUGUGACAGGAUGUUUGUCAUCAGUUUUACUACAAUGAAGCUAUAUUACAAAUGUGCCGAGUGGAGUUUUUCCUUUCCUGAAUGUAUAUAUGCAUGUAGACUAUAUAUACAGCAGUGUGUGGACAGCCCUUCACAUUAGUGGAUUCGGCUAUUUCAGCCACACCCGUUGCCGACAGGUGUAUUAAAUUCGAGCACACAGCCAUGCAAUCUCCAUAGACAAACAUUGGCAGUAGAAUGGCCCUUACUGAAGAGCUCAGUGACUUACAACGUGGCACCGUCAAAGGAUGUCACCUUUCCAACAAGUCAGUUAGUUAAAUUUCUGCCCUGCUAAAGAUGCCAUGGCCGAGCACACAAGCCUCAACCAUGCGCAAUGCCAAGCCUCAGCUGGAGUGGUUUAAAGCUCACCGCCAUUGGACUCUGGAGUGAUGAAUCACGCUUCACCAUCUGGGAGUCCGACGGACGAAUCUGGGUUUGGAGGUUGCGCGGUAGAACGCUAUGCGUAGUGCCAACUGUAAAGUUUGGUGGAGGAGGAAUAAUGGUCUGGGGCUGUUUUUUAUGGUUCGGUCUAGACCCCUUAGUUCCCAGUGAGGGAAAUCUUUAUGCUACAGCAUACAAUGACAUUCUAGACGAUUCUGUGCUUCCAACUUUGUGGCAACAGUUUGGGGAAGGAUCUUUACAGAAUAAGGCUUUUAUAGCAACAAAGGGGGGACCGACUCCAUAUUGAUGCCAAUGAUUUUGGAAUGAGAUGUUCGACAAGCAGGUGUCCAUACUUUGUCAUGUAGUGUACAUACUGAGAAUACAAAACAUUAGGAACACCUGCACUUUCCAUGACAUAGACUGACCAGGUGAAAGCUAUGAUCCCUUAUUGAUGUCACUUGUUAAAUCAACUUCAAUCAGUGUAGAUGAAGGGGAGGAGACAAGUUGAAUGGGCAAGACAAAAUAUUUAAGUGCCUUUGAACGGGGUAUGGUAGUAGGUGCCAGGCACACCGGUAUGUGUCAAGAGUUACAACACUGCUGGGUUUUUCACACAACAGUUUCCUGUGUGUAUCAAGAACGGUCCACCACCCAAAGGACAUCCAGACAAUUUGACACAACUGUGGGACGCAUUGGAGUCAACAUGGACCAGCAUCCCUGUGGAACGCUUUCAACACCUUGUAGAGUCCACCCCCCAACCAACAGGCUGUUCUGAGGGAAAACGGAGGGAGGGAGGGUAUUAGAAAAGUGUCCCUCAUGUUUGGUGUACUCAGUGUAUUGCUAGGCACUGCAGCUUUUUAAGGCAAUUUCUGAUUGAGCCGACAUAUGUAACUUUUACCGUGAAUGGGAUAUCAGCAAAUGCCUGAACAUACCCUUUAAAAAGAGCCACAAUGCCCAUGACCUACAAUCAGAUUGAAUAUCACUGUAUUUUUCAUACAAUCGAGUCAAUAUCAGGCAAGAUGUCAGCAGCUAGGUAAGGAUGUAUGAUUGAGCCAUACCAGGUCCAUAAAAAAAAAGUCUUUUUUUUCCCCCAAUAAAAAAAAGGUAAGACUCAACCUUGUUGAGUCAGAUUA